AUGCAAGCACAACAAAUGCGUACUGAUCAACAACAAGUACUCAACGUUGGGCGGUCACACUGUCGAGAGAUGCGGGAAUUGCUCAAAUCGCUAGCAUUUAAAGAGAACGUCACUUUCUGGUUCAACUCGGCUGGGGCAAAAGUGUUCACCAACGACGAACACUCGAAUCAAGCCGAGAUUUUCUUCAGUCCUGAUUGUUUCUCGUGUUUCACCGUUAGAGCGGAUCAAGUGGCUUUUUCGUUGAAGUUGGCUACACUCUUGGAAUGUUUAUCGAUACUGGAUAACAAUUUUUCGACGUUUCAACUCAUCUAUGAAGGACAAGGAGCGCCACUACACGUUUAUGUCGAAGAAGAUGGGGUUGUCAUUGAGGGAAAAAUUCCGACACUUGAAGAAAAUUUGAACAAUCUCGAAUUCGACCUUGGCAAAUCGAUUAUUGACGUCUUUAUGAAGCCGGAUAUUCUCAAGGACACGAUACGAGAUUUGGAUCCAAAAUCGCAGCAAUUCGCCAUCAAAUUCAGCCCGAAACGAAUCGUUUUUGGGUGUAAAGGUGAACUCGGAAAAGCAUACACAGUGUUCCCGCACGAUUCCGAUGAGAUCGAGCAAUACGAAUGCGAUGCAAAUGGGGACUUCUCGUAUCGAGCCGCUACAAUCAAGCGACUGAUGACAGCGUUACAUCAAGCAACACGGGUGCGGAUACAAAUCGAUAAUCGCGGUGUACUGAACAUACAACUACAAGCGGAACUCACCGAUGCCGUCGAACAACCGUUUAUUGAAUUUAAGUGUCUUUGCCUAACACCGUUUGAUGAGGAGCCUACA